GUUUAUGAUCCUCGCCACCAUGCUAACAGUCCUAGUGAUAUACAGGGUAAUAAUAAUCACGUGUCCAAAAGUCAGGCCGAGAAUACUCCAUGCCAAACACAGAAGCAUUCCAAUAGAAGUCUGCAGAGCUUUAUGUCGGAAAGUAGAGAUGGCACUUAUCUCGAAGCACAGUUUGCUAUGCUGACUUGUGUUUUUUAA